AUGCCAAAAUUAUCUUCAAAUAAAGUUUUUAAAGAACAAGAAUAUUUAGAGGGAAUGGAUUCUAAUAAUCAGCCAUGCAAAAUCGUAAAGCCGCCUCCAUCUUUUAAGUUACCUUUUCCACCUGAAAUUAAUGCGGAAGAUUUGAUUAAUUGUAAAACACGUAAAUUACCCUCUAAACCUCCCAAUGCAUUUUUCAUAUAUAGAAAAGUUUAUACAAAAGAAUUAAUCGCUAGAGAUUUUCGUUUUAAAAUGACCGAUGUAUCUCCAUGGGUAUCAAGUUCAUGGAAAAAUGAAUCUGAUAAAGUACGAGAAAAAUAUAAAGAAAUUGCUAAGGGAGUACGUCAACUUUACAAACAAACAAAGUUAGAAUCUGUUGUGAAUACGGAUGAACCCAUGGUUGAAAAUAAGGAACAAAUUACUGAUCCACAACCUUUACCGUUACCUUCUCCACCUUUAACAAAAGUUAAUUUACUAACUCCUGACUCAUCUCAAGAUUCUUUAUUUGAUCAAUUAAACCAAGAACAAACGUGCCUUCAAGAACCGGAAAAAAAUCAGAUUGUCGAAGAUUUUAAUUCCAAUGAAUUGGAUCAUAAUGUUGAUAAUCAAGAAUUUCAAAUGACUAGUUUCAUUGAUGGUUUAGACAUUGAACAAACAUAUCGAUAUAACGAAUAUUUUGGACUUACAUUCCCACCACCAUACGCUCCAUAUUAUCUUACUACAAAUAGUCAGAUAACUACAGAACCUUGUGGAUUGGAUCUUUUCCUUGAGAAUCCCAAUGUCGAAUGGGAUUUUGGAGAGAAUGAAUUUUUAAGUUUUUAA